AUGGCUGGAUUGCGAUGUGCCACAUGUGUGUGUGCGCAGGCAGCACCAUGCGUGUCAAGCUGGACGAUGAUUGUCCCCCAAAGGCGUGGAAGUGCGGGCGGGAUGUGCUGGACGCUUCACACGCGUGGGCCGAUUGGAAUGGCCGGUGACCGCGCCGUGCCUCACCGGGAUGAUUGUCCCCGAAACUUUCCCUCCUGCCCCAUUCCCCCUCCAGCUCUGCAGCAACUUUUGCUCCUAGCAGACUUCUGCCUGCCCCACUGCACUCACUCCCGCCACUUCUCUCAGCUUUUGGCACUGUCCUCUACUUUUGCUUCCCCUUCCUGCCGCGCCCACCUAAGAACGCACCUCAGGUGCUUCCUUUCCCAGUACGUGCAGGCCUCACGUGCAGCUGAAACAACGGUUCAGCAUGGUGAACGUGGAGGGAAGAAAGAGAGUUGGCAGCAGCAAUGGCAAGGGAAGCAUACCUUGAAAAGAGGUGUUCGAGAAAGAGUUGUGGAAGGGGAGCAGGAGCAGCUGGUGCAACAACAACAUCUCCUGCGGGAGGAGCAUCAGCGGUGGUUGUGCCUCCCACUCACCUCUUCCCACCCCACUCACCUCCUCGCACCCCACUCACCUCCUCCCACCCCACUCACCUCCUCCUACCCCACUCACCCCCUUCCACCCCACUCACCUCCUCCCACCCUACUCACCUCCUCCCACCCCACUCACCUCCUCCUCCCACCCCACUCACCUCCUCCAGUGCCCCGUUCAUCCUUGCUACCCUCUCCAACCGUCAUCCUCCUCUGCCUGCCAUCAUCCCCCCAUCUGCUCCCACACCAUCCAAGCCAAGCAGCAGCACCGAUGCCAUCGCAUCUCCAGGCAGCAUCCUCCCCUCCCUCCCACAUCACCUACACCUGGUCCGCGUGA